CACCUCGCGUCAUGCUAGAACGCGUGCGCGCACAUUAUGCGCAGCACGUCUUUUCUUUCCUCAGUCCAGAUCAUAUUGCCCACAAGAUUAUCGUGGAACCGCGUCCGGUUGUAUCGACGUGCAUGGUUAAAGUGUGUUGAAAUAGUUUAUGAUCAACAAAGCAUCCGUAGACGCGUAGUUACGUUGCACGUUGGAGAGUCACGAGAGAGAUUAUUUCUCCAUGUCCGACUUUGCGAAAGCCCAACUGACAAAAUAUGGUUGGACGGAAGGAAAAGGACUUGGUAAAGACGAAAACGGCAUAACGGAAAGCAUAAGAAUCACAGCAAAUCAGAAUAAUGCAGGUAUAGGAUAUCGGGAGACGAGCAUGCAGGAUUUUUGGUGGGUAAAAUUGUAUGAUGAUGCUGCAAAAGGCGUUGAGUCGCGUGGUAAUCAGAUUUCUUUGACUAAAGAUAAGGAACAGACGGAACAACAUUAUGAGCUAUAUUCUAAAUUUAUAAAGGAAUUAAAUAAUGAGCUUUCUCCAAGUGUUCAGCCACAUGACUCGAUGGAACUUUCAGAUCCAAUAAAGAAAUGGAUACCACUAACACCUCCAAGUGGAAAAUUGAAAAGAAUUGCAAAGCAUGAUCAUUCAUUUUUCGAAACUGGCAGCAUGUCGAAAUUAAAUACAAAUCCUAACAGAAAAAACAUGGCACACAGGAAGAUAAAUAUAGAAUCGGACACUGAGGAGAGUGAACGUGAAGACAACAUAUUCAUACCUACAUUACAAGAUAAUUUCUGCACUACUAAGUCUAUAAAGAAGAGACAUAAAAAGAAAAUGAAUAAACUAACGCUGCAACUGGGCAUUUGUAGUCUGGAGGAAAACAAUGUAAAGUUAACUGAUUCUUUAAACAACAAAAAACUUUGCCAAAAGAUUAAAAGCGAAGAGAAAAGAACAGAUUCGAAUGCACCGACAGAUAGUUCAAAAAAGGGAAAAAACAAUAUAAAUAUUCAGAUGGUUCCAAAGAACAAUUUAACAAGAGAAGUAUUUGAAGAACGUUAUUUGAAGCGAUUACAAAUAUUACUUGAUAUCGCUCAAAAAACAAUUGCAAAACAGCCACGAAAAUUUUUCAGACCGUGGAAAGGUAUAAAAAAUAAAAAGGAUGACAUUGAGGCUUAUGAUAUAUUAGAUUCAAGUACACGACUGGAAAAUAUUAAAACGAAACGAGGUAGAAGAAAAAAUCAUCAAAAGAGUCCUUCAUUUCCAAUUUGUGAAGAAGAUAAAGCUACAGAAACCAAGGAAGAUUCUAAUUGCGAAGUUAAAGUUUCGAUAGGUGUUUCAAAUGAUCUCUCUGAAUCUCAGAAUUUAUAUUCUGAUAUUCAAAAUGUCUCUGAAUUACGGAAUAUGUCUAAAGAAGUUGACGAUCUUUUCUAUUCGAAACAAAAGAACUCUUUAGCUCUUAUUAAGCAUGUGCCUAAAACGGAAACAAGAUAUCAAUCAUAUAUUCAUAGAUUAAAUGAAAAAAUAGUAAAGAAGAAGAUUCAACGCCAUUCGAGAAACAUGAAGAAAUUUGUCAACAAGCUAAAGAGUGAAGCUUUGGCACAGGAGUUAAAUACCGUGAUUAAAGAUUUAACGGAAUUUGGUCUUACCGAAAAAGUAGAAGCAAAUGUAUUUAAAAAAAAAUCCACUCAAACUCACCUCACACCCGUUUAACGAAAAAACAAAGAAAAAUAAAAAUACAAAAAAUCAAAAAA